AUGGAAUCUUCAAGAUUCCAAUGGACACUUUUGACGUCUUAUCCUGAUCUGUGUAACAAGACCGCCCGUGUCGACUUCCUAUUCGACCUCUUUCUCAUCGCCAACGAAUACGACGUUCCUUCGCUCAGCGAUUUUGUCACUACCACAAUCGUCUCGCUCCUGCCUCAGCUCAAGCCUCUCCGGGAUAGAGCUGAUAUCGAGAGCUUCCGCGCCAUCAUCUCGAAGACUGCAGACUUCUACACCAAUUCACAGAUCGCAGAUCAAGCACUCAUGGACGCUGUUGUGGAGAUAUGUGCAGGUGAUGAACCAGGCUUACGCGUUCUUGAAAUGAGGCUUGAGAUUUCUGCUAUCUUGGGUCGUGUGGAUGUCUUUGGGGGUAGGCUGUUGAAGACUUGGACGAAGUUAUCAAAGCCUGCCGGUAUCUACCGAAAUGAGCCUUGGUCGUCAUCCGAAAGACUCGAGUUCAUUCCUCGCACUUACUCUCACGCUAAACGCCCUCGCCGUCGCCACUGA